AUGCCGGUGUGGAUACGUUCCGAACUGGGUGUAUACACGGGCAAGUACGGUGUCUCCACGGACAGACAAGGUAGCAACGCGGACCACGCCGGAAACGCAUACGGAGCUAACACGGAUUUCAAGGAAGAGCACGGAGGCUACUGGGUACUUUUACGGUCCUUACACGGAGAGAAUUACGCAGAGAAUACAAACAUGGCCGCUGCACCGAACUUUGAAGCGAUCGAGAUGCAGCCGGGUCAGAAGGCGGAAUGGAUUACAAAACCCCAUCCAAGCGAGGUCGUGGGAUGUCCUCCCGGUCUCGAGUACCUUACCCAGCUCGAUCAGGUACUCAUUCACCAAAUCGUCGAUAUAUCCGAAGGCAGAAAAACCAUUGAGAUAGCGAACAAGUAUGCCAUCAAGAAUUCUAUGGGCCAACAAAUAUUCUUUGCCUUCGAAGAAUCAAGCUUAUGUCAUCGUUUCUGGUGCCAGGCGUGUAGGGGAUUCGAUAUCCAUGUCGUUGAUAAUGAACAAAGGGAGGUGAUAAAGAUUGUUCGACCCUUCCAGUGCUGUGCUGGAUGCAGCUGGUGUGCGAACACUGACUGUUGUUCUUUCAUCAUUCAAGUAGAAGCACCGCCCGGUAACAUCAUCGGCUAUGGGAAGCAGACAAAGAGUUGGUGGUACCCUCAUCUGGACGUCCUCGAUGCCGAUAAGAAACCGAUACUGAAGAUCAGAGGACCGUGUUGUUCGUGUCAGUCAGUAUGCUGCAGUAGUGAUCUCGACUUCAAAGUGAUGUCGAAUGACUUGACAGAUGAAUUAGGUGUGAUUCAGAAACAAUGGUCUGGUUGUGUAAAGGAAUACUUCAUCAACGCUGAUCUCUUUGGUAUGACUUUUCCUAAAGACCUUGAUGUAAAGGCAAAGGCCACUCUCAUUGGUGUUUUGUUCCUGAUUGAAUUCAUGCAUUUCGAGCUAGAAAACAGCAAGUAAAUCACUUGGGUAAUUAAGAGAAAGUCUGCUUCCAGCAUAUCACUCUACACUUAUGAAAUACUGCAGAAAAUGACAAAUGGAAGUGAUUGGCGUAGAUGCAGCCUUUUCGAGUGGUGCAAG